GAUGUAGCUCAGCAUCCCGGUGUCUCUGGUGGUGGUGCCCCAGGAGCUGGUGGCCACUGGACCUUUCACCUGCGUGGGUGGGCAGUUGUGCCGCCAGGAAUGCGUUGGGCCAUGGGGAAGGGUGAGCCCUGCCUGGCCGCCCUGGGCAGCAGGGAGCAGCUGGAGGGCUGGCACCGGCGGGGGCGCUGGCGUCGGGCUGCUUCCACGUGCCUUGGCGGGCAUCCAGCUGUGAGCAGCCCGCAGGCAGCCCGGCGUGGCACAGCACGGCCCAUGGCCACAGGGAACCAGCCGGGCAUGGAGGCGGCGGGCGGCCCCGCUGCCUGCUACCGGGAGCUGAGCCAGUUCCCUGCUAUCACCCGUGCCGCCCUCGGGGCCGCGGCGGGGGGACAGACCUUCCUGCUCUACACCGAGUGCAGCCGCCCCGACCUGCCCCGCCGCCGGCUCCUGCGCUUCAGCCGCCACUACAGCGUGCGGCGCACGGACGGCGGCGGCCUCGCCGCCAGCAGGACCGCGCUCAGCGCCGGCAUCCACAACCAGCUCCUCAGCCAGGACUCGCCCACGGGGCAGCACCGCGCCGUGCUCAGCCGCUGCCCGCGGCAGGGCCACGAGCUGCUGGAGGUGUGGGACAGCGGCGGGCGCAGCCACAGCGUGGACCUCACGGCGCUGGGGAAGCACGGGGAGGUCUACACGGAGGGGCCCUUUGCCUGCCUGGCCUGGUCCCAGUCAGAGACACGGCUCCUGUACGUGGCUGAGAAGAGCCGGCCCAAACACCGCCCCCCCUGCCCCUGGGAUGUGCCCAGGGCAGCCCGGUCAGCAGAGGAGGAUGAGGAUGAGGAGGGUGAGCAGUUCUUGUACCAUGAGGACUGGGGGGAGGCACUGAGCACUCGCAGUGUGCCCAUCCUCUGCGUCCUGGACCUGGAGAGCAGCAGCCUCUCAGUGCUGGAGGGUAUCCCAGAGCACCUCUCCCCUGGCCAGGCCCUGUGGUCCCCCGGUGAUCGUGGCGUGGUGUUCGUGGGCUGGUGGCAUGAGCCCUUCCGCCUGGGUCUGAGCGCCUGCUCCAACAGGAGGUCAGAGAUUUUCCACUUGGACCUGUCAAGCGGGUGCUGUGAGCUGCUGUCAGCAGAGAAUGGUGCCGCCUGCUCCCCCCGGCUGAGCCCUGACAGCCAGCGCCUUCUUUACCUGGAGGGGGCUGUGGGGGGGCCCCACCGGCAGUGCCUGCGCCUGUGCAUGCUCACCUGGCAGACGAGGCAGACGGUGACAGUGCUUGAUGUGGUGCAGGAACCCACGGAGGGUGAGCACAGCACAGUGGGCAGGGCUGGGUGCUGCCAGGGGGCUGAGACUCUCCCCAGCCAGAUGCCCACGACCCCCAGUUCACUAGCCCAGCACUCUGCCCCACCCGUAGCCUUCGCCGGGCUCUACACAGAGGUGCUGCCGCCACGGUGCUGGGCAGCCGACAGCCGGCGAGCCGUGCUGAGCACCCCGCAGAGGAGCCGCACGGACCUGCUGCUUGUGGACACGGAGGCGGCCACUGUUACCAACCUGACGGCAGGGUCGCCCGAGGGAUGCUGGGAACUGCUCACUCUCCAGUGGGACCUUCUAGUGGCCACCUGCUCUGCCCCACACCAUCCCCCCAGCCUGGUGAGCAGAGCCGUGGCACCGUGCGGCACAGUGGGAUAUGGCACGGUGAUGUGCAGCCAGGCACAGCGUGGCGUGGCACAUAUGGCUGGUGUGCCAUGGCAUGGCCAGGCACAGAGUCACAUGGCUCAGCCAGAUCCAGCACAGCACAGCCUUGUCAUGGCACAGCCUUGCGCUGCCACGGCUCUGGUGCCACCCGCUGCCUGUGCCCAGGUGGUGGCUGUGCUGCCGCCGGCAGGCCGGGAGCUGCCCCUCCGCUGGGUGCCAGUGGAGGACACCCCAACAGUGCCUGGUGUCACCUGGAAGACCCUGACGGUCCGGCCAUCCUGCAGUGGGCAGAGCCCUGCUGCGCAUGACACCCAAGAUUUUGAGGCCCUGCUGCUGAGCCCGUUGGAUGGCACAGCACCACACCCCCUCAUUGUGUGCCCCCAUGGUGGCCCCCAUGCCAUCUUCGAUGCCCGCUGGCGCCCAAGCAUGGCUGCACUGUGCCGACUGGGCUUCGCUGUGCUCCUGGGUGAGUGCUGGGGAGCUCGGGGAUGUGUGGUCCUGUGUCACACUGGAGACAUGGCACCCAUGGCUCCCAUCUCCCCAGUGAACUACCGUGGCUCCCUGGGCUUUGGCCAGGCCAGUAUCAGCUCCCUGCUUUCCCGUGUGGGUGAGCAGGACGUGGCGGACACUCAGCUGGCAGUGGAGCAGGCGCUGCACAGCGAGCCCCUGGACCCGCACCGCCUGGCCCUGCUGGCUGGCUCCCACGGAGCCUUCAUCGCCCUCCACCUCCUCAUCCGUGAGCCCGAGCGCUACCAAGCCUGUGCCCUGCGCGGCCCCGUCUCCAACCUGCCCGCGCUGCUGGGCACCUCUGACAUCCCCGACUGGCGCUACACCUCCCUGGGGCUGCCCUACUCCUUUGAGCGGGUGCCAUGUGCUGAGGAGGUGGCCACCAUGCUACUGCGCUCGCCCAUCGCCCAGGCAGCCCAGGUGCGGACGCCGGUGCUGCUGUGCGUGGGCGCCCGGGACCGGCGCGUCAGCCCCACGCAGGCGCUGGAGCUGUACCGGCUGCUGCGGGCCAGGGGCGUGCCGGCGCGGUUGCUGUGGUACCCAGAGGGUGGCCAUGCCCUGACCGGUGUGGAGACAGAGGCCGAUGUCUUCAAGAACUGCGCCCGCUGGCUCCUCCAGCACCUUGGGCAGCCAAGGCAGGACAGGACAGGCCAGCACAGUCCCUAGUGCCCACAGUGGUCCUGGGCUAUACUGACCCCAGGGUGACCACUGGCCCUGGGGACCACACCCGGGAUGAGAGGAUGGAGCAAGUGUAGCUGAGGGCAGGAUGGGACAUGGGUUGUUUGGUGUUAAAUAAAUGUGUGAGACCACCCUCUGCAGUGUCAA